GGGAGCUGGGGGGGGAUGUUACGACACUUCUACUUCCGGGGGACUUCCGCGGCGGUUGCUAUGGAAACGGCGUCGUGUACCCAGAGGCAGGAUCUGUGUGGCGUUAAGCGUGGGACCCGUGCUGCUUCCUGAGGGACAUUUGUGCUAAUGAUGGCGGCUCCUGCUCACCCAGAGGACAUGCUGACUCAAGUGACCCAGCUCUGGAGUAUGCUGGAUGAGAUGGCAGAAAACACCCCUGAGAGUUACCACAGAUUCAUGCAGCAGCAGCUGGAGGAUGCAAAGCAAUAUUGCGCUCCCCCUGAACCACAUCUUUGCCUACAGACCCACAUACUGGAUCCUAAUGAAAAAUCAUUGUUCAUUAACCUCUGCAGGUGGAAAAGGGUCCCAGCUCCUAAGUCACCUACUGAUCCAAUACCUCUAAGUGCUGGCCCACUAGAGGAGGUGUCCGAUAAAGCAGAGAUUUACUCCAUCAUAGAUAUUGCAUAUAAUCCGACUGUUCUUCAGCGAGAGGAGAACCAAGCAGAAAUGGAUCACUUGAUCCGUCUGACAUUUAAAUACAUUGAGGAGCAUUACAACCUCUCUCUCUCCCACUCUUACCACAUUGCAACAUUCACACUCAAAGGAAGCCUGAAAAGGAUGAAACAGAGUCUGGGAGGAGGGCCACUACCAGCUCCACUUUUCAACAAGAACGUGAAGAAUGAACUGACACUGGACCAGAUGAAGCACAACCUCAGAGAGGAGGAUCGCAAUAAUGCUACACUGCUGCUGAACAAGGAUGUUACACAGUCUAAAGUGCAUCUGAUAGAAGAGAUUGCCAGUAUGGAGCUGCCAGAGGAGCCAAUCACACCUGCCUACGAACUGACCAUUGCAAAGGAUUCAAAUGGGAAACCUCUAAAGAUUGAACUGAAAGUUGAAUUGCCUAAAGUUAGUUCCGUUUCUGAAUGUGAUCUGAGCAUUUCAAGGGAUGAUGUAAUCGUUGAAGUCCCUGAAAAAUACAGAUUACAGCUGGAUUUGCCAGAAGUGGUCGAUGAAGAAGCAACUACAGCAACAUUUAACAAAGGGAAAGUUGGGAACAAUCACAGCUGCAGUAAUUACUAAUACACCAAGCGCCUCACCUGGAAUUCGUGGGGCUGAAGUUUACCUUCUCGUGCUU